AAUCAUGUGCUAGUGCCAUGCAGAUUUUGUGUUCGAUGGGGCAAAGUUCAGGUGAGUGCCUUAUUUUAGGUGGAUCCAACGAUAAAUUACAGAGAGUAUAAUCUUUUAAAAGCUUAAUAGCGCACGAGCGUACUGAACUUUGAUACUUUGACACUAGUCAUUCCUGGAGCAGAAAUGAAGGCCGAGAAAGCUGAGGCAAUAACAAAAGAGAUAUUUGAUUUGUAUAGAAGUCACGGUACCAACAAUUAUCUUGGUGAAGAUGUGACACAAGCAGAGCAUAUGAUCCAGUGUGCUAUGCUGGCUGAAAAAGAAGGCUAUAGCGAGGAUGUUAUUUUAGGAGCUCUUUUUCAUGAUAUAGGACAUCUUAUUGGACUCAACAAGCAGCUCGAGGCGAUGGCAAAAGGGAUUGGAACCAGACGCCAUGACAUGAUUGGUGCUGAGUAUUUAUCAAGGCUUGGAUUUCCUGAAACCCUUUGUCAGUUAGUAAGACACCAUGUUAACGCGAAAAGAUAUUUGGUGCACAAAAGAGAGGGCUACCAUGAUCAGCUGUCAAAAGCAUCAAAGACAACUUUGAUCCACCAAGGAGGUCCAAUGAAUGAAGAGGAAGCAACUGAUUUUGAGAAAUUACAGAACUUCAAAGCUAUCAUACACUUGCGGGAAUGGGAUGAUCUUGGAAAGGUCGAAGGAACAGAAACUCAAGGACUUGAAAAGUAUGAGGACAUGUGCAAGAACUUUUUGAUAAAAUGCUCUUAGUGGUCAGGCUCCAAAUUCAUUAUCAUAUUAAAUUUUGGCAGGGUAAAAGAUUUUCCAUGGUUAAGAUUGAUGUCUUCCUAAAGAAAAAUAUUUUAUAAGAAAUCAGCAUUUUUAUGAAAGUAAUAUCAUUUAAACUAUAUGUAAAUUAAUUUAUAUCUAAAAUCUUGAAUGCUAGAAAUGACUAGAGAAACUGAUCUAUCCAAAUAAUUUGAUAUUAAGAACAUUGGUGAUUAAUUCUAUCAAUGAAAUCAUUUUAUGAUGCAUUGUGCCAUCUCUUCAA